CGAGCGCGAGGGCAUUAAAGAGAUGCCGGGAAAGCGCGCCACCAAUAAUGCGGCAACAUUUUAAAUCGGAAACGCGGGCCCUGCAUCCGAUUUACACGAUUCGCGCUUCUUCUUUACUUCACUCUCUCUCUCUCUAUAUAUAUACACAAAUUAAAGGGGGAAAAUAAAGAGGGAGGCAUUAUCAUUUCCUCCGUUUUCCUGAGGAGAAGCCGCUCUUCGAUUCUUCUAAUUUGGGAUUCUUCCCUCUCUACGCUUUAACCAAAUCGAAAUUAAAUCUCCUUCACCUUCUCUUCUCCAGAAUCUUGCGAAAUUGGGGUUUCUGUGAUUUCGCUUUGUACCAAGUAGGAUUUGAACUAGAUGAUUUAGGAUUUGUUUCCAUCCGAGUAAUUGGGAUUUGUGGUCGAGAAAGGUGGAUAACUUAGAUUAGUCGAUCAGAUUAGAGCCCCCCUGCCUGAGUCCGACAAUGCGGGAAGAUAACAUUGAGGAUGUGUUAGACCACAAUCGGACGGUUCUUGGAAACCUGACCAAUCGUCCGCUUAAACGGAAGAUUUCGUCAAUUUUGAAUGAUUCCGGGGUCAAAUCUAGGGAUGAUUGCAGCAAAACCUUGGACGGUAAAGACGAAGAGUCCAGAUUCCCGAAGCAUGAGCGUCUAAAAGCAGCGAAAUUUGUCAAGGAGAAUUGUAAUCGUUCAUCUGGAGAAGUCUGUUCUACAAUGGCUCUUCCUAGGUUUGAUAAGGAGCAGGAAUCUGAUUGCUCUCCUGCUUCCAGCGAAGCUGAUACUGCUUUGUCUUAUGUACUUAAAGAAACUGUGCAGUGUAGUUUGUUGAAUGAUGAAGUACGUCUUAUUCAAGAGGACAAACAGAGAGUUACAGACAGUGAAGCACUGGGAGUUCCUUCCUUGUCCACUUCUGUAGUCCCUACAUGUCCUGAGGACAGUAAGAAAGAUUGCUCUGGAAUUAUGCAAAUCAAUGCGGACAAUGAAGAAGCAAUUGAUCAUGUUUUAAGGAAUGACGAAAAGGAUAUUGGUAUUUGCAAAUUGGGCUCAAGCAACCAUGGUUCCACUGAGUGGUCUAGGUUACCUAUAUCAGAGGGUUCCAAGUGUCUGGCACUGCAAAGGUGCUCAGGACUGAAGACUGAUAAUUGUGCUAAUCAAGACAUGUAUGGCGACUUGCUUAAAACAUGUUCUUGUUCAUUCUGCUUGAAAGCAUCAUACAUUUGGUCAGACCUCCAUUACCAGGACAUUAAAGGAAGAAUUUCGACACUCAAGAAAAGCCAGAAAGAUGCAAGCAUCUUGGCUCAGAAAAGUAGCAAAGAGAAAGAGACUUGUCAUGAUCAAGGAAUUUCUUCCAAAUCAAAGCUAGAAUUUGAUCUCUGUGGUCAGUGGAUUUCACUGUUUCGUCAUAUGGAAGAUAUGUUUGCUCAGGAAGGCAGCCAACUUCAAACCAGUUUUGUUACCCUGAAAGAUUUGAGGGAGGAAUGCAAGAUGAACUUGGAGAUGCUUAAUGGCAUGCCUAUGGAGAAGCAUUAGCGUGGUAUCUUUUUUCUGCCAUUCUUUGUGGUUGUGGGCCGUGUGGUUGGUCACUUAUGCUGUCCAUAUUUGUGCUUUGGAACUUCUCCUUCUGGUCUGGAUAAGGGUAGCUGUAUUAUAAAUUUGUAGUACAUGUAAAAUCAUCCAUUCUAUUUCUGAAUAACAUUCUAUCUUCAUCCUUGCGACGCGGCUUUCCUGUAUAUUUUUAACUACUUUGAAUGAUAUCAGGCAGUUAACUAGCUUAUAAAAUCUGAUGGGAUUAGGUGA